GUGAGGUCGGGUUUUAGCCAAUUAAACGUAUCGUCAUGAUUAUUUACAGUCGACCCGUAUCAACCAGCAUCACCAUCGUGGUGAUGGUGGUUGAUGCGAGCCGACGCCAGGUCGUGCAGGCCAAGCCAUCCCGUAGAAUAUGCAAAAGAAAGGCAAGGCCGACGUCGAGUACCUUCCGCGUCGGAUACCGGAGCUAGAAAGUGCACUGGCCACCGCCCGGUCUCGUGCUCUCUAGUGGUGGUGGGACUUCCAUCCCUUCCAUCUCUGCAAAAGGCCAUCUCUCCCAGGCGACUGUCGUGUCAAAUGAAGGAAGCGUGGAUGAAUGCAGCCUGUCGACCAAGGUGAUUCCUUGUUACUGAACUGUCAGUUGUUAACUUGGGCAUACUAACUGACGUCACCUUCCAGCACAUCCCACUCGCCCCAUCCAUUGCGUCACGACGAUGCAGUACAGUGGACAUUUCUGAGCACUGGCUGAAUGCCGUCGAGUACUUUCAGGCGGUGUGGCCGUAACUAUUCACUGGACACUGUCGGCAACUGCAACGCUCACCACACCAGCUCCAUGGGGGGGAUUUCCUCCAUAUACGUACUGUACGAACGAUUACUAAAGUGAGUUGACUUUAGCUCACUUGACCAUCACAAUGGUAAGAUGAUGCCGAUGUCUCAAUUCCCACGGCUUCGCCAUGGUAGGGUCGACCGCCGACGAGUGCCGUCCGCUUCAUGUCGCUCCGGGGAAUGCAGUUGGUCCGGUCGGGCGGAGCCGACGAUGCCAAUGUCAUGUCGGCGAUGGUCUGCGCUGACUUGACGAGCGUCCAAGGGAAGGAAGUCGCGUGUGCUCGCCAUGUGACGAUCGACAUGGGAGGGCAUGGGAGGGUUGAGAAAAGGCUACAUCGCAAUGAAUUAUAGCCAAUCAGACAAGUGUAUUUUAAAAGAACUGACCAAUCAAACGACGUGAGAAUACCAAGGUGCGAGAAACGACGAAGGGAUGAUGGUGACCGCGCACGAUGCCAACAAGUCCUGCCGACGGGAGCGCAAGCGUAAGAUGAUGGUGUCGUAUCGCAAGGAGAAGAAGUUGGAGGAAUGCGAGUUGAAGAUGGCCUACCGACGCUUGGAGAUGGAAAUCCAUGCCUUGCGCGCGUCGACCCAUUCGGCAGGAAACGCAUCAGCGUUGCCUUGGAAAGACAUCGCGCUGGCGUUGGAAGAAGAAGUAAAGCCUUCACACGUCGAGUACCAGUCGUUGAAGGAGAAGGUCAAGGCGACCUCCCGCUUGCUUCGUUGCAUGGAGCAGUGGGUGAUAUGCAAUUCCACCAUUGCAGCCUCUCCCAAUCCCGUGAGCCCCACAUGGCAGCACUGCAUGCUCCCAACGAACCUCGCAUCACGCCAACUCGGGAAGCUUUGGAUCACCCAGCAAAUGUACCACAACAUCGAGCCCACAUUCGCCAAGUACCCAUUCAGUCGACAUGUAACAGAAGCCUUCUCGGCCACCGUGGAGUUCACAGACGCUGGGAACGAGUACUUGCUGAGCUGGCAGUUUGUCACGACCAAGUCCGACGUCAUCGACCGGUGUCGAGAUCACAUGUGCGACGUGUUGAUGACUAAUUUAUUCUACCCCAUUGAAUCCACGACGAUCCGAGAACCGUAUGAAAACACGCUGCUGCACCAAAUGAUCUCCAAGACGGGGGAUCAUGUGAAUUUGGUGGUUGGGAUUUUUCCCAGUCCGACUCGCACGGUGCUCGUGUCGAGGCAGAUCUUGCACGACGAAGCGUGGGGAAUUGUCCCCAAGCAGCGCAAUCGACUCGCCUGGUUUGAGUUUGUCACGACUCCACUGGGAUAUAUCCACAUCAGAGCCGUGCUGCAGUGCUCCCACCGCAUCACCAACCAUGGACCGGUGGACAUGCCGGUGGAAGCCAGCAUGUGGGGAUGCGACCUCAGUGGAGUGCCUCCGCCGCUGUGGGAAUCCCGCUUAAGACGCGAUGUGCUUGGACUUAUGCCCAUAUCGCUGGCCAAGGUCAAGACCAUUCUGGGGGUGUAGCCAUUACUACUAGUAUUAUUAAUAGUAUACAGUCCUGAUGUAAACUAUAGACGCACGUGAAUUUUUGACAUUUCUCAAAACUUAUU